AUGAGUGACCACAAGGAAGUCCACCACGUUCGGAUUGCGGACGAGGCCCAGUCUCGCUCCGACCAUCCGAGACGUCUGCUCCAUCGCACUGUCUCAAAUUCCUCGAUGUCAAUUCACAGCACUCAUAGCAGGGUUGCAGCACCAGAGGCAGUCCUCCCGAUUACUUUCCGGACUCUUUCCUAUAAUAUAACCGAGGACUUAAAUAAUGGGGCGCCUUUGGCGAGGAAAGAUGCGAAACAGAUACAUGAUCUGGAGAAGCUAGAUUGGCAUCUAGUUUCAGUCGACGAGUUGUUCCAACGGCUUUCAACAUCACCUUCCCAGGGGCUUUCUGUUGAACAGGUUGCUAGACGUACAGCAGAAUAUGGCAAAAACAAGCCUUCUCCCCCACCAUCUGGCCUGUUUCGAAAGAUCGUGGGCUAUGUUUUUGGCGGUUUUGGCAUAUUACUUUUCUUGGGCUGUAUUUUGGUCUUUAUCGCAUGGAAACCGCUUGGGGAUCCCCCCGCCGUUGCGAAUCUCGCCCUUGCCAUCGUCCUCGCCGCUGUCUUCUCCAUACAGGCAGCAUUCAAUGCUUGGCAGGAUUGGUCUUCCUCGAGAGUUAUGGCUUCGAUUACCACUAUGCUUCCGGAUGAGUGCAUGGUCGUUCGAGAUAGCAAGCAGGAAUGUACAACCACGACUGAACUUGUGCCCGGCGAUAUCGUCAAAAUCAGGCAAGGAAACAAGCUCCCCGCAGAUGUUCGUUUUAUUCAGGUGUCGUCUGAUGCUAAGUUUGAUCGUUCAAUCCUUUCUGGCGAGUCCGAACCUUCUCAAGGGACUGUCGAUUCUACAGACAACAAUUAUCUCGAAACACGUAACAUUGGGCUCCAAGGCACCCAUUGUGUCUUUGGGACUGCAACCGGUGUUUGUGUCGCUACUGGAGACAACACAGUGUUUGGACGGAUUGCUGGACUAACAAAUAAACCACGGCACGAAUUCACUCCUUUACAAAAGGAGAUUCUCCGAUUUGUAUUGAUUAUAGUCGGCUUCAUUGCUACUGUUGUUAUCGUAGUUGUGGUGCUAUGGGCAGCUUGGUUACGUAGAGAUCAUCCCAACUGGAUCAACGUUCCACUUCUCAUCGUCAGUUGCGUCUCAGUCGGAAUCGCCUUUGUGCCAGAAGGACUCCCAGUUGCUGUCGCAAUGAGUCUCACUAUUGGUGCAAAUAUUAUGAAGAAAAAUAAAAUCCUCUGCAAGUCUCUUGCAACCGUCGAGACCCUUGGUUCGGUUUCUGUUAUUUGCUCGGAUAAGACUGGAACCUUGACUAAGAACGAGAUGUUUGUGACUGAUUGUUUCGCUGGCGGGGGAGAAUACACCGAGGAGGCUGCACGAAGAGCUAUUAUUGGAGGAAGAAACACUAACCUUUUACUUGAAAAAUCCCUAGAUCAGCUCCGCAUAGUUGGUGGCUUAUGCAACGCAGCGGAGUUUGAUGCUUCUACUUUAGGUUACCCGCCUGGUCAAAUGAAAAUGCAUGGUGAUCCGACAGAUCAAGCUAUCCUCCGUUUCUCAGAAACUUUGGGACCCGUCAACCAGCUUCGGAGCGACACAAAGACUCUUUUUGAGAUCGCUUUCAACAGUCGGAAUAAGUUCAUGAUCCGAAUAAUGCACUCAUUGAAGGCUGGCGUUGAAGACAUGCUUUAUAUUAAAGGGGCCCCCGAUGUUUUGAUCUCCAGAUGCGGAAGUAUUCUUCAAAAAGAUGGUACCACACGAGCCCUCUCAAGUGUGGAUCUAGCAGGGAUCGAAGCGGUCAAGGAUAAAUGGUCUCGUAAUGGACAGCGCGUCAUUCUUGUUGCCCAAAAACCACUUGGAUCAAACGCGGGCAACCUUCUGUCGUCUUCAAAUGUGGAGAAAGCUGUUCUAGAUGAGGCUAAGGAGAACUUGACUUUCCUGGGACUUGUUGGUCUAAAAGACCCUGUUAGGGAGGAGAUCCCUAGCGUUAUCAAAACUCUCCGAACUGCUGGAAUUCGAAUAAUGAUGGUGACGGGAGACUUCAAGCUUACCGCACAAGCAAUCGCCAUCGAUUGUGGAAUUAUUAAAACACCACCAGCUCUUAUCCACGGAGUCGAUGAUCUGGCCCGUGACUUCGUAUCUUCACCAGAGAAGGGAGAAGAAACAUUUCAGUCCAUCGUUGUAAGUGGCCCUGAGCUAACGACCCUCAACCAAAAUCAAUGGAAACAACUCUGCAAAUACCAAGAGGUCGUUUUCUCCCGCACCACACCGGAACAGAAGCUUCGAAUUGUUAAAGAAUUCCAAGCGGAUGAGAAUAUCGUUUCUAUGACUGGUGAUGGUGUAAAUGAUGCGCCAGCCUUGAAGGCCGCCGAUGUAGGUGUCGCGCUUGGUAGUGGCUCUGAUAUCGCUAUCGAGGCAGCGGACAUGGUGCUACUUGAUUCCUUUUCUGCUAUCGUGGAAGCCGUAAGAUAUGGACGCGUGGUCUUUGAUAACUUGAAAAAGACCAUCAUAUAUCUUCUGCCAGCUGGCAGUUUUAGCGAAUUUUGGCCAGUUAUGGCAAAUGUCGCUCUGGGUGUUCCGCAGGUUCUGUCUUCAUUCUUAAUGGUAUGCCUCUUCACAGAUGCUGCAGGUGCCAUCACCUUAGCAUACGAAAAGCCGGAAUCAGAUAUCCUCCUUCGACCACCGCGUGUCCCAAAGAGGGAUCGUCUCGUAAACUCCCAACUUAUCUUAUAUGCCUACGGAUUUAUCGGCGUUUUCGAGUGUGCGCUCUCAUUCAUAAUGGCAUUUUGGUAUAUGGAGAGACGCGGCAUCCCAUUCAGUGCCAUGGCUCUGAAAUACGGAUCGAUGGACCCCAAAUAUGACCCGGACUAUGUCACGGAGAUAACCAAUAAGGCAUCUUCGAUAUACUUCGUUAAUUUGGUCGUCAUGCAGUUUUUCAAUCUUCUCGCCAUUCGCACCAGACGACUAAGUCUCUUCCAGCAGCCGCCGAUUUUCAAUAAAGAGACAAAUAACCCGGCUAUCUUUAUUGCCAUGGUAUUCGCCCUGUGCAUUGUGUUUAUUUUCUGCUACAUCCCCAGCCUCCAGAAUUCCGUUGCAACCACAUCAGUGCCGGUCGAGUACUUUUUCCUACCCGUCGCGUUUGGCCUCAUACUGCUUGUGCUGGACGAAACUAGAAAGUACUGUGUCCGGCGCUGGCCAAAGGGGAUCCUCGCGAGAAUUGCCUGGUAA